AUGAUACCAGAUAAUAAUGAAAACAAUAAUAAUUUAUAUUUCUUAGCAUUUAGUAAAAAUAAAGUGACCAUUUAUGAAUAUGAUGUGGAUUUAAGUAAGAAUAUUGUAGAUGAUAUUAAUGAUGAAAUAAAAAGAUGUGAAGAGGAGGAUGAGAAAAAUAAAAUAAAUGAACAUACAACAGUUCCUAUAACAAAUGAUGAAAAAAAAAAUGAUUUGAAUCAUAUACGAAAUAAUAAUUUAAUAAAUAGUAAUACAAAAAUUACGAAUCAGAUAAAAAAAUCUACAAAUAAAUUUAAUAAUGAUUUUGUUUUAAAUCGUGGUAUUAAAAUAUAUAAGGAAUUCGAUGAUGUUGAACUGGCAACAUGUACCAAUGACUAUAAAAAAAUUAUUCUUGUAAGAAAAAGUAAUUUAAAUGUAGCAGAAAUUAUUGAUAUAAAAAGUGAAAAUAAAAAUGUGACAUGUAUAAAAACAAAAACACAGAUUAAAAGAAUUAUUACUAGUCCUAGAGAUAACUACAUUGUUUUACAUUGUCAAUACAAGCCUGAUAUUACCAAUACGAAUUUGUAUGUAUAUAAAAUUAAUGUAAAAUCCGCUAAGAAAAAAAAAAAGAAAGAUAAAAAGAAUACAGAUUGUGAAAAUGUAAAGGGUGAAGAAAAUGAUAAUUAUGAAGAAGAAAAGAAAAAUAUUAACCUGAAUAAUGAUCAUAAUAAUAAUAAUAAUAAUAGUAAUAACAAUAAUAAUAAUAAUAAUAAUAACGAAUCAAGUAAUGGUAAUAUUAUAUAUAAUGAAAACCUAAUUAUAGAACUUACACUAAAAAGUUAUAGCAACAAAAACUGGCCUUUCUUCAAAUGGAGUGAUAGCGAAUCUAUAUGCACUUGUCUAAUUAAUAACCAAGUAUAUAUUUAUAAGGAUAAUAAUUUUAGUAGUACCGUGAAUAAAUUGAAAUUAGAUAAUCUGGAAUUUUUUGAUAUAUCACCCGAAUUAAAUAAUAAAAAAGGAAUAUUAAUAGCUACAUAUGAACAAGGAAGUAAAGGAAAUCCAUCUAUUUUUAAAAUAUUCCAUAUUGAUAAUUUAAAUAAACAUAUAUAUUCAAAAAACUUUUUUAAUUCAGAUGAAAUAAAACUUAAGUGGAAUAAAAAUGGAAGUUCAUUAUUAUUACAAAUACAUACACAAGUAGACAAAGAAAAGCAAUCUUAUUAUGGUUCAAGCAAUUUAUAUUUUAUUGAUACAGUAACAUUAAAGGAUGUAAAUGUUAUGACAAAUAAAGGAUUAAUAUAUGAUACUAUAUGGUCAAAUAAUCAAAAUAAGUUCUAUGUAUGUAAAGGUGAAAUUCCAGCAGAAAUUGUUCUACAUGAUAAAAAUGGAAAUGUCUCACAUUCAUAUGGAAGACAUAAAUUUAAUACACUCAAAUUAAAUUAUAAUGAAAAAUUAUUAUUAACAGGAGGAUUUGGAAACUUAAGUGGAGAUAUAUCUAUUUGGAAUACCUCAACAAAAAAAGAAAUAACAAAAACGAAAUCAUCAUGUGCAGUCAUAUGUGAAUUUUUUAAUGAUGGGAAACAUUUCUUAACAGCUACAACACAUCCAAGAUUAAGAGUUGAUAAUAAUUUAAAAAUAUUUAAAUAUAAUGGUUUAAUUGUUAGUAGAAUUAAUUUUGAAGAAUUAUAUAAUGUUAUCAUUUUACCAUUUAAUAAAAUUAAAUUCCAAGAACCAGAGGAACCUAUAGAUAUCAAUUUAGAGCAUACAACUUUACAACCAUAUAUUAAUAAACAACUAGGUAUUGAUUCCAAAAAAACAGGCAUAUAUAGAGCACCAAGAUCUACAGGUCUAGUUAACUUAAAUGGAUAUCUAUCUUCAAAACUUCCAGAUAGGGAAAAAUCUUCUUUACCUCCUGGAUGUAAUUUUGUUAAUGAAAGCAAAAAUUAUAAUAAAAAGAAAAAAAAAAAAAGAAGUUCAAAAAGUAAACAAAAGAGAGAGACAUUCUAA